GUGUCACUUUGUUUUCCUCACAAGGGUCUUGUCCCAUUAGCUAAGGCCACGUAAGUCUAGCAGGGUGUUCCACAGAGCAGCUAAGCACCGUUAUCAGAAACUAUAAACAUUUAAGUCUUGGGAAACGUGACAAGAGGAAAAUACACGAGGAAUGGCGGAUGUGAACCUUGGGAAGAUGGUUUUCGCCAUCAUAGAUUUCCUGAAUGACCAGCUGCACUCAGGACAGCUGUCUGGGGAUGCUGCAGAGAGCUUGGAAGUUGCGAUCCAGUGUUUAGAGACAGCGUACGGUAUCGAGUACAAGGAUGCGGCGUGCGCAGCCAGGUUACACACCAAACCUCCGCUCUACGAGAUGUUCUUAACUCACCUGAAGGGGCAAGGACAGACAGACGGUGUGAGCCCCACAAGGGAGCGCCCCCUACAGAUGAAGGAGGAAACUGCAGCAGCAAAUGCGUCGCCUGCACCCGGAGUGUUAUCAGAGGAGGACAAGGCCAAAGCUGAACAGCUGAAAAAUGAAGGUAAUGCCCAUAUGAAGGCAGAGAGGUACCAGCCUGCUGUAGACAGCUACACCAGCGCGAUCACAGUCAACGGCAACAACGCUGUCUACUACUGUAACCGAGCUGCAGCUUAUAGCAAACUCCUGGAGCAUCAGAAGUCCCUAGAAGACUGUCAGAGAGCCGUCGAGAUCGACCCCACAUACAGCAAGGCUUACGGAAGACUGGGGAUGGCGUACUCCAACCUGAGUCAGCAUGAGAAGGCUAAGGAGAGUUAUCAGAGGGCCUUGGAGCUGGACCCUGACAACGUGACCUACCAGACCAACCUCAGACUCGCCGAGCAGAAGCUCAGGGAAAUGAACCUAGGGGGCCCUGGAAUGGGAGGACCUGGUCCAGGCCUUGGAGGAAUGGGUGGAUUGCCAGGAGGCCUAGGGGGCCUUGGAGGCAUGGGUGCAGGCGGGUUAGGAGGGAUGGACCUAGGGGGCCUUCUGAACAACCCUAUGCUGAUGAACAUGGCGACCCAGAUGAUGCAGAACCCCCAGAUGCAGCAGAUGUUGGGAAACUUAUUAGGCAGCGGCGGUGCACCUGGCCAAGCCCCCUCAUCAGGCGAGGCACCGGCGGGGCCAGGGGGCCUUAAUAUGUCAGAAUUCUUACAAGCUGGCCAGCAGAUGGCGCAGCAGAUCCAGCAGCAGAACCCUGAGCUCGUGGAGCAGCUGAGGACACAGAUGCCCCGCAACCCGCCCGACGGAGACCCCGACAAUCCCGACGGGAAGCCAGAUGAGAAAUGAUGAAACCCGACGUCAACAAGAAUGUAGUUAGUGAAGACUUUGAUUAAACCAGCAUCGGUCAGACAUGUAGCUACAGGACAAGUGUUGUCAUAUGGCAAAAAUCUGCAAAUUUAAGCUUGCCAGUAAA